AUGUCGGAAACACUCACACGCGCCGAAGUCGCUAAGCACAACACCGAGGACUCCCUCUGGUGCAUCAUCGACCACAAAGUCUAUGACCUAACCGACUUCGUCGACGCCCACCCCGGUGGCGGCGUCGUCCUCGCUCAGGUAGCCGGCCAAGAUGCCACAACCGAGUUCUAUAAUCUGCACCGCCAGGAAGUCUUAGAGAGAUACCGCAAACAGCUCUGCAUCGGGACCAUCGAAGGUGAAAAACCCGAGGUCAUCGAGCCCACGCCAGGAGCUUUGAGUCCGGUCCCCUACGCCGAACCACUAUGGCUCCGUCCCCAAUUCAAGUCGCCCUACUACAAGGAGACGCACAGACGUCUGCAGAAGGCUGUGCGCGAGUUUACGGAUAAGUACGUGACGCCUGAGGCACAAGAGAAGGAACGAGAUGGCACAUAUAUCAGUCAGGAAUUGAUCGACCGUAUGGCUGAGACGAAUGUUCUUGCUAUGCGACUUGGUCCUGGAAAGCAUCUUCACAACCGGACGCUUCUUGGUGGCGCGGUUGAUGGGAAGGAGUUUGACUAUUUGCAUGAUAUGAUUGUUACGCAGGAGCUCGUCCGGGCUAAUGCUCGUGGUUUCCAGGAUGGAAAUAUGGCUGGUAUGGCUAUUAGUUUGACUGCUGUUCAGCAGUGGCUGCAUGAUCCUGUUCUUAAGGAGCGCGUUACCGGGGAGGUUUUGUCAGGCCAGAAGAAGAUGUGUCUUGCUAUAACUGAGGCUUUUGCUGGUAGUGAUGUUGCUGGGUUGAAGACUACUGCCGAGAAGACUCCUGAUGGAAAGCAUUACAUUGUGAAUGGAACUAAGAAAUGGAUUACCAACGGCAUGUUCGCUGAUUACUUCGUCGUCGGUUGCCGUACCGAGAAGGGCUUCUCGGUUCUCUUGAUUCCUCGCGGCGAGGGUGUUGAAACCAAGCAGAUCAAGACUUCUUACUCAACUGCUGCUGCCACUGCCUUUGUGCAGUUCGAGAAUGUCAAGGUACCAGUUGCGAACCUCCUCGGCGAGGAGCACAAGGGAUUCAUUGUUAUCAUGAGCAACUUCAACCACGAGCGCUUCAUGAUGGUCGCUGCUGUUGUCCGCAUGUGUAUGACCGUUGUCGAGGAGACCAUGAAGUGGUGCAACCAGCGUAUUGUCUUUGGCAAGAAGCUGGUUGAACAGCCCGCCAUUCGUCAAAAACUUGCACGCAUGAUCUCCCUUACCGAGUCGAACCAGGCCUGGCUCGAAUCCAUCGCCUACCAGAUGUGCAACAUGACAUACGCCGAGCAGGCCAAGCACCUUGGUGGACCCAUUGGAUUGUUAAAGUCGCACUGCACACAGGCUGCCGGUGAGAUUGCUAGCAAUGCUACCAACAUCUUCGGUGGCCGUGGUAUUACCCAGUCUGGAAUGGGCAAGGUCAUUGAGAUGUUCCAUCGCACUUACAAGUUCGAUGCCAUCCUCGGUGGAACUGAGGAGAUUCUGGCGGAUCUGGGAGUGCGCCAGGCGAUGAAGAACUUCCCCAAGUCUAUGUUGUAA